AGAUCCUUCUAUGUGCUGGGGACUGGGACAAGGGAACAAUGAAAAUAAAUUGAAGAAUUUUUUGUGACACGUGUCAGAAUGUUUAGAGAUUAUGUCUGAUUAGAGAUCCAUUAAGACCUAAUAUUGACCUGCUUUCUUACCUAAGUGGGGGUUGAGUUUACCCUCACACAAAUGUCAUUCUGAAACAAAAAUAAUUGUGUUAUGUAGGGACUAAGGAAGCAUCAUAAAGGGAGGGUCAGAUUUGUAUUGUAUCCAGAGAAGCAUAUGAAAUAUCCCAAAUCCGAUCGUGGGCUGGAUUGUUUCAGGUAGCCAAGCAAACUCACAAAGAGACUGUCCUUAGGACCUUGGGAUGGGAAAUCCUUCCCAGCGCGGGGGAUGUGGCAGCCGCCGCACACUUGUCAGAGAUCCUCUUUGCUCUACAGCUCCUUCCAUCAUCCAGUGGAGCUUAUUUGUAAGGUUGCUGAAGAUUGAUUUGUGUCAUCCUUCGCUUGCAAGCAAAAUCAUUUUGCAUCUCUCCAUCGAAAUCAAACCCCAUUCUCCUCCCCUCCCCCGUGUCUGCCUCUCAGAGACAAGUGGCUGCAUCCCUCAUCCUCCCUAAAUCCCGACGGGUGAGAAUCGGUCUUUUUCCUCCUUAUUACCAAAGAGGAUUCUGUGCUGCUGCUGUGACUUGGGGCUACCAGAGAACCCUCGGUGCUCAGCUGACUUCCCUUCCCUCAGUCCUGGCCUGGCCUUGGACUUGGCUCCUUCCCUGCACCAGACUGAAGCUCCCCGAAGCUCCCGCGGGCUGAGGGGCCUGCUGCCUGGCCCUCGGCUCCUACUCGGUGCGCUCUGCUCCAGCGCCCAAGCGCAGUGCUGUCGGGGAUCGGGGGAGGACCUGUUUAUACCACCUCGGGCUACAAGAAAGCGGAUGAUGAGAUGUCCGCUACCACAUCCACUGUGGACCCCGAGGAAGCACCCCUUCGCACCAUUUACUUCAACCAGCCCCAGCAAACCAAGUUCCACGACAACCGGGUCAGCACUGCAAAAUACAGUGUGGUGACAUUUCUACCUCGAUUCUUGUAUGAGCAGAUUAGAAGAGCUGCCAAUGCCUUCUUCCUCUUCAUUGCCUUAUUGCAGCAAAUUCCAGAUGUGUCUCCAACAGGCAGAUAUACUACCUUGGUGCCAUUCAUAUUUAUUCUAACAGUUGCAGGCAUCAAAGAGAUUAUAGAAGAUUAUAAACGUCAUAAAGCUGACAAUACAGUUAAUCGAAAGAAAACAGUAGUGUUAAGAAAUGGAAUGUGGCAGAACAUCAUUUGGAAAGAGGUAGCUGUUGGAGAUGUUGUGAAAGUCACCAAUGAGCAAUAUCUUCCAGCAGACUUAAUCCUUAUCUCUUCCAGUGAACCUCAGGCAAUGUGCUAUGUUGAAACAUCUAGUCUGGAUGGAGAAACUAAUCUCAAAAUUCGGCAGAGUUUGGCUCAGACAGCUAACCUAAAUUCAAGGGAGCAGUUGAUAAAAGUAUCUGGAAGAAUAGAAUGUGAAGGUCCCAACCGCCAUCUUUAUGACUUCUCUGGAAACUUGUAUUUAGACGGUAACAGUUCAGUUUCAAUUGGGCCUGACCAGAUCUUACUAAGAGGUGCCCAGCUUAGAAAUACUCAGUGGGUCUUUGGCAUAGUUGUAUACACUGGACACGACACCAAGCUCAUGCAGAAUUCAACUAAAGCACCUCUCAAGAGAUCCAAUGUUGAGAAAGUGACCAAUGUGCAAAUUCUGGUUUUGUUCUGCAUCCUACUGGUCAUGGCCCUGGUGAGUUCUGUGGGUUCAUUGCUAUGGCACCAAACCCAUGAAAGUGUGAGCUGGUACUUCAGCGAAAUAGAGGGAAUUUCCAACAAUUUUGGAUAUAAUUUGUUGACAUUUAUCAUCUUGUAUAACAAUCUCAUUCCAAUUAGUCUUCUGGUCACUCUUGAAGUUGUAAAAUUUAUUCAGGCCCUUUUUAUAAACUGGGACCUGGAUAUGUAUUAUAUGGAAAAUGACACCCCUGCGAUGGCCCGGACAUCAAACCUGAAUGAAGAGCUUGGACAGGUUAAAUAUCUAUUUUCUGAUAAAACAGGAACCCUUACAUGCAAUAUUAUGACCUUCAAGAAAUGUAGCAUUGCUGGAGUAACCUAUGGCCAUUUUCCAGAGCUGGAAAGAGAACGCUCCUCAGAAGACUUCAGUCAGUUGCCUCCUCCCACUAGUGAUUCAUGUAUAUUCGAUGACCCAAGAUUGUUACAGAACAUUGAAAAUGAUCAUCCCACUGCUGGAUGUAUACAAGAGUUCCUCACGUUGCUGGCUGUUUGUCAUACUGUUAUUCCAGAGAAAGCCGGAGAUACUAUCAACUACCAGGCCUCUUCUCCAGAUGAAGGAGCUUUAGUGAAAGGAGCAAAAAAACUUGGCUUUGUCUUUACCGGAAGAACUCCUAACUCAGUUAUCAUAGAAGCUUUGGGUCAAGAGGAAAUAUUUGAAGUUCUUAAUGUCCUGGAGUUUUCAAGUGACAGAAAAAGAAUGUCGGUAAUUGUUCGAACACCAGCCGGACAAAUUCGCCUUUAUUGCAAAGGAGCUGAUAAUGUGAUUUUUGAGAGACUGUCAGAGAAUUCGGAGUUCACAGAACAAACUUUGUGUCAUCUUGAAUAUUUUGCAACAGAAGGCUUGAGAACACUCUGUGUUGCCUAUGCGGAUCUAUCUGAGGAUGUCUACCAAGAAUGGUUGAGUGUUUAUCAGACAGCAUGUAGAAAUUUGAAAGAUAGACAUCGAAAGCUGGAAGAGUGCUACGAAAUCAUUGAAAAGGAUCUUUUACUUCUUGGAGCUACAGCCAUUGAGGAUCGUCUUCAGGCCGGCGUUCCAGAAACUAUAUCAACACUAAUUAAAGCAGAAAUUAAAAUAUGGAUCCUAACUGGAGAUAAGCAGGAAACCGCAAUUAACAUAGGUUAUGCCUGCAAACUGGUGUCACAAAACAUGUCUCUUAUUUUGGUGAAUGAACAUUCUUUGGAUGCAACAAGAGAUGCUCUUACUCAGCACUGCACUUGCCUUGGAAGUUCUCUGGGCAAAGAAAAUGACAUUGCCUUGAUCAUUGAUGGCCACACACUGAAGUAUGCCCUCUCGUUCGAAGUCAGGCAGAUCUUCCUGGAUUUGGCCCUUUCAUGUAAAGCAGUCAUCUGUUGCAGAGUGUCUCCUUUGCAGAAGUCUGAAGUUGUCGACAUGGUGAAGAAGCACGUGAAAGCCAUCACCCUGGCCAUAGGGGAUGGCGCCAACGACGUGGGGAUGAUCCAGACUGCUCACGUUGGUGUGGGGAUCAGUGGGAAUGAGGGCAUGCAGGCCACAAACUCCUCCGAUUACGCCAUCGCGCAGUUUGCCUAUUUGGAGAAGCUGCUGUUGGUGCAUGGAGCCUGGAGUUAUAAUCGAGUGACCAAAUGCAUCUUAUAUUGCUUCUACAAGAACGUGGUGCUUUAUAUUAUUGAGCUUUGGUUCGCCUUUGUUAAUGGAUUUUCUGGACAGAUUUUAUUUGAACGCUGGUGCAUCGGCUUGUACAAUGUGAUUUUCACUGCGUUACCACCCUUCACUCUGGGAAUCUUUGAGCGAGCUUGUACUCAGGAGAGCAUGCUCAGGUUUCCACAGCUCUACAGGAUUACCCAGAAUGCUGAGGGAUUUAACACAAAGGUUUUCUGGGGUCACUGCAUCAACGCCUUGAUCCACUCCAUCAUUCUCUUCUGGGGUCCAAUGAAAGUACUGGAGCAUGAUGCGGUAUUUGCAAGUGGUCGUGUUGUAGACUAUUUAUUUGUUGGAAACAUUGUUUAUACAUAUGUUGUUGUUACUGUUUGUCUGAAAGCUGGUUUGGAGACAAGAGCGUGGACCAAGUUCAGUCACCUGGCUGUUUGGGGAAGCAUAGCACUCUGGCUGGCAUUUUUUGGAGUCUACUCAACCUUCUGGCCCGUCAUCCCCCUCGCCCCAGACAUGGUUGGACAGGCAGGAAUGGUGUUAAAAUGUGGAUAUUUCUGGCUGGGUUUGCUUCUGGUGCCCGGGGCAUGCUUACUUAAAGAUUUGGCAUGGACAGCGGCCAAGCAUACCUACAAUAAAACUUUGCUGGAGCAGGUUCAGGAGUUGGAAACUAAGUCCAGAGAACUGGGGAAAACUAUGCUUCGUGAUAGUAAUGGAAAGAGCUUGAAUGAGCGAGAUCACUUGUUAAAGAGACUGGGCAGAAAAACGCCUCCGACUCUCUUCCGUUCUAAUUCUAUCCAGCAAGGUGUAUCACAUGGGUACGCCUUUUCCCAGGAAGAGCACGGAGUGGUCUCCCAGUCCGAAGUGGUCCGCUCCUACGACACCACCAAACAGAGAGCCAGCGUGCAGUAGGACGCUGCCCUCCCUGAGGGGUACCGCGAAUUGAUGACGUUUGAUGGCGUCCAGCAUACUUAACCGAGGCCGGCAGCAAACAUCAGAAAGAGAAUUCAUUUCUGUGGCCUUAGCCAACAAGUUUGCUAAUUAUGUCUCCCCUCUGCUAGCCCUGAGUACAUAUGGUGGGGAAAUUAUUGUUUCAAUUUGUCUGCAAUGCUCUGCCUAACUUUUGUUGAUGUUGUUAUGAAGCAUUCGACUGUGCUCUGUGAGGUGUGAAAUUAAAAACAUUAUGUUUCACCAAUAUUUAAACAUCGGUACAAGUUGUUCUGGGAGAAAGGUAAAAGAAUUUUAUGUUCCGUGAGAAACCUAUCUUGCUUUAAUUGGAAUGGGGGCAUGGAAACUUCCUGUUUUGUUAACUUGCAGAUGAAGUGCGCCAGCAGCAUGUAAACCUUACUCCAGGCUGGUUGUUCCCCUCGCUUUGAUUUAAAUUUUGUUUGUAUGAAGUUGACAUAAACUUCUUGAUUGCAACAAAAUCACAAAUAUGUAACGGGAUGACAAGUCUGAGAAUAUUUAUCUUACCCUUUUUAGCCUCUUCCCCAGCACUGCUAACACACGGGGGUCCCGAUAACGUAUUCUGCAGCCAAGCUGCGCCCCUUCUACAGGGUUUUCCUCCCCUCUGCACAGACAGUAUUUCUGUCCUUCUGAUCCCCUGCAUGGCGGGCCAGGUGUGCCAGAGGCCUGGUAACCCAAUGCUGCAGCCCUCCCGGCCAUGUGACCCUCCGGCUUCUGGCCCACAAAUUCAACGGGACCCUAACCCGGAUGUGAGAAAUACCUUUCUCGCCCCCACUGUCCCGACCCUCCCAUCAUAGAAGGGAACAGGACUGUCCCCGUAUACUCUACGCAUUAAUCCUGUCCUAAAAAGGCAGUCUCACCUGGCAGCUGAGCCCAUGGGAGAAGCACCCUUCCUACCUGUCCAGCUGACGGCCUCCCAAUCCCAGCCAGCAGGCGGGGGCCCUUGCAGCCCCUGCCGCUGGAGUCCACCCCAAGCAGCCGGGAUUUCAGAAUCCAUCUUGUAUAUUCACCUGCCACACUCACGAUGCCUUGUUUAUUUUUUCCUGCAAAGGACAAAGAGUUAGCAAUCCCAGCCUGAACUUUUGCAGUGGAGGGGCUCAUGGAAUGCCCUUCUCCAUCGAAGGGGAAGGGGUAAAAGGAACAAAAAGGGAAACAGAAAGAAAGACUGCCAGGGAUGGAAUGGUGGAACGGAGAGGUCAGGGAUCAAAGGGGUGAAGGGAAGGGAGCCAUGAAGAGCUAAUCUCCUUCAGAAAAAUCCAGUCCAGAAGAAUCUUUCCCCACAUGCCAAGGAGACUGAUGUGCUCUUUCAGUCCAUAGCAUAAUGCAGGACAGCUCUUGGAAGCUGACCACUUGGUACUCACGGUGACUAAGAUAAUGACGACAAAAAGAUGCUGUUGUUUCAUAUACCUGUAGCAAACAGCCAGUGUAUUUGUGUGUUGGUAGAAGACAGGGCAUGGGGAAGAAAAGAAAACCGGGGCAGAUUUGCAUAGUUCUAGAAUCUUAAGUAUUCUUUCAUUGAGGAAUUAAUCCUGCUUGGAAAGGAUAGAAUAAGAAAUAAUGCUCUCUUUCUGGCUUUUUUUCAGUCUUACCAAAUCAAAUCCAUUAACCUCUCUCUCUCUCUCUUUUUUUUUUACCCAACAACUACACAUUACCUGCACUGAGAUUUAAAUAUAUUUUCCACUUUAAAAAAUGAACCAUUCUCAAUAAAGACUAAGGAAAUCUAUAGAACAGGAAAGAGUGGAGGGAGAAGACACCUCCUGUUCCCUCAGUCCAAUGAGCCAAAUGAAUGAUCCCAGUUUCUAGGAGGAGCAGAUGUCAUCUGAUGUGAUUUACUUAGCCAGUGCAGACUUGGAGGCUGGUCAUUUUUCCCUAUCUCUAAAUGGAGGUCAGAAUGUCAUGCACAAAACCUCCCCAGAGGGAAGCAGUAGAUUGGGCUAAGAGGCCUGUGCUGGAUGUUGUCUCAGUAGAAAUCCCACAUGGGAGCUGUCCCUGGGCCAUCCAGUGUGUGACAUGGGGGCCGGCAGGUCAAACUUUAUCCGGACUGUAGGGUUCUAAUCUGGAUCAGGUUUAAUCCUACAAAACCCACCCUGGGUCAAGACCCAGCAUUCUUGUUCUCUGGAACCAUUACAAACCUUAAUCUAUUGGGCUACACAACUGACUUGAGAGUUGGUGGGCGUGAAUAAUGAGUUAGCAUGUUCUGGACCUUCUGGGCAAAAAGAAAGGACAGAUCACUCUGUGUAAACUGAAUUCUGGGUUCAUUUGCGGAGAUGUUCAUGCUAGCAAAGACGGCCUUUGAAAGUAGCCAGGAAAAGGUGAUUGACUGGGCAGAGUGGUGGAGCAGAACAAACUGAAGCUUUCUGCUUGGCAAUCUGGAUUAACACUUUAGAUCUGAUCAAAAAGGACUUGAUCUUUUCAGCCCCAAGUCCUGGCCAAUAUGCUGGAACUAAGUCCUGGGGAGCCAUUGAGGCACCUACCCCAUUCUCUUCAGUUUAAGAUGCUCAGGGUUUCCUUCCCGUUCCCCUCUUCAUUCUCAUCCCUCUCAGCAAAGAAAGCACUCAAAAGUUUUGGUUAGAAAUCAAGGUACCAUGCCAUAUCUGCACGUUGUGGAUAGAAGAUACUGUUUCUUUAACACCUUUAGAGUAAUAUUUUUAAAAGUGAACCAAGGUUUUAGCAGAGCACUGCUGAGAAGUCUGUUGACGUUUUCUUUUCCUUGACAAGGCUUCAGGUCUUGCUGUAGGGAGCUGGCAGUGGAAAUCGGUAAUAACUUGUCAAGGAGAAAUAGUGGGAAAAAAUCAGAGUGUUAGUUGCUAAUGUUGAGAAAUGUGUUGGAUAUAUCUGUUGUGGACACAAACUUGACUUUUUCAGGCAACUAAAAUCUCCAUUUAUUACAACAAUGACCCCUUAAUUUGCUUUUGAAACCAUGAUGAAGAAAGAGUCUUCAUCCCGAUUUUCUAGAAUCUGAAGUUUUCAGAUCUUAGCCCCUAAGUCUGCCCGGAAUCCCCUCACACAGUCUUGUUCCAUGGGAUCUAUUCCUUGUUUUGAAAACAACUGCAGACAUUUCAGCUAAGGUUUGAAUUAUGGUUCACGGUCAGAGUCCUCAAGUAAUUCAAGGAGUGAUUUAACCUCAGCAUUUGUAAGGAAUCCUUCAUCUCUCUCCUGAGAUCCAUAGAAAAAUACAAAAAGAGAAUUUGGAAACUGGGUGAAGUCUGACAUGCUAACAUAUCAGAGAAAUGAGUUAAUCAGGUCUCCCAUCAUAAUCAUUAAGGGGCAGAGAAUACUUCAUGCAAAUGAACAGAGGAGAAGUGGGAGUAGGGGGCAUACAGAGCUCCUAAACCAGGGACUAAAAAAGAGUGAAAAUCUGGGAAUUUUCCAAUGGAUUUUUAGUGCUUGGCCAACACUGGCCUAAGGCAGACAUUCAUCUAAGUGAUGUAGCCUUGGGGAAGAGGAUUUAAUCUCAUUCCAUCCAAAAUAACUGGUUAUUUUUCUGUCCUAAAGGGAUAGGAGGAAGACAUCUAUGAAGUAGGAGCCUGAGGACAAUCCUAAGGGUUCCCCAUGUUGCCAAAGAUUUAAGUUUUAUGAAAGAGGAGAGGGAGAGGCUCUAUAGGACUUGUCCAGAUUCAAGACCAAAACUUUAAUGGUCCCAUUCCUCUAUUUAUUUCCCUAUUCCUCUACUAAAAAUCCAAGGUUUACAAAAGAAACAUGGCCCUGGUUUCCCUUCAGAGAUUUGGACAGGCUCAAAUUGGGUUCUCUGGCUCAGCUUCUUCUAUAAUGGAGGAAACUUUGGGGCUUUGCAAACAUGACUGAUGAUUUAUCCUCUUUGCAUGUUUUUCCCUGGGGUCCAGAAUGAGCCAGCUUCACAUACACACAUUUUUUUUUCUCCUAAUCUUAGAUGAACUCACUCUAAAUCAGCAACUCAAAGUAUAGGAUGCUUAAUUAGCAUUUGAUUUGGGAAUCAAAGAGGCAAUCUGAGAAACAAGAAAAGCUACUGGAAAAAAGUAAGAACAACUGGCCAGAACAUUAAGUCCUAACCAAGACUGGAAAAGAGGAGAUCUAACUUGUAAUUACAGUUAAUAAUUAGAAUUAAAUAAUUAUCUACAAACAAUACCUAUGGAAGUGAUAUAUCCCCUUUAAGCACUGUCAGAAAGGAAGGAGGCUAAAUACAAGCCACCAAAGAACCUUAUUCUCACAAGCAGACUCCUUGCCCUGGUUACCUGUGAGAUAUCUACUCCUGCAUUUCUACCAUAAACUUCAAACUAAGAUCACAUGUAUUCCAAACAAUUACCGGAAGGCAUUUCUUCUGGGCCAGUGAAGGAAGGGAUGUGAGCUUACUAAAAAGGUUAACAAAUAAAUACUUCAGGCAUUCACACCAUGUAGUUAGUGUAGGGUUAUUGUGACUGAGGGAAAAGAAAAAAGAAAUUUGAACUUGAGGUUAAUCUCCAACUAGUCAUUCCCAGAAAAACAUGAGAGUCAAGCCAAGAUCACUUUGAUUAGUGACCCUUUGAGGUAAUUUUCCCAAAGUGGAAGAGAGGAAAAGGAAACUGGACAGAAACCUCAGGAAUAGAAUAAGGUAAACCCAUUUAGAAGGUGAGCUGGUCAAGUUGGAGAGAGAUGGAAUGUCUUACUGUGCAAUUCCAUUGUCAUUGGGCAGAAAUAGAAAAAAAAAAAUCUAUCCCACUUCAUAAAAGCAAUCCAAGCUUUGUAAGCCGCAAGUGUUGGGAAUAAGCAGAUUUUCUCUUAUCAGGAAGUUAGUGCAAAUACUAAACCUCAUUCUCUCCCUUUCAUACUUUGUCGGCAAUGGAUGCUUCAUAAAAAUAAAAAAUAAAAAAAAUCCCAUCAAACCCACAAUGCCCAGAGUUCAUGCUGGCUGGCCCCUUUCUAAACAUGGCAGCCCAGCAAAUAAAAAAGCCAGUGUAGGGACACAAAGAUGGUCUUCACACUCAGGGCUGGAAGACCCAGGGGAACAGUCCGGUCAGUGCGCUGAUUAGCCUAUCACGGUCCUGGGCAUUUCACUAGAGUGUGGCCCAUUGUUGCUGGAGGUCAAAUAUUCUGCCGUCUGAAUGACAGAAUCAUCAUUGUGUCUCUUUCAUCAGCAAGUUAAGUCACGUGCUCCCUUGUCUGUCAUAUCUGUGCUUGGAUUGCUUAAAUAUUGUUUUAGAUGGGGAGGUUUUAAUCUGGUUAUGCAGAGUGAAGCAGUGCUGUAGGGGAAUGUUUAAUUGGCUCCCAGCAGAGCGGCGGGAGCUUCGGUGGUGGAUGAGGUUUUCUCCCUUUCCCUCCCCCUAGAAGUGUUGCCAUUUUCACGUCCUAUUAAUGUCCUCUGGUAGUUAAAUUACAGGAGCACAUUACAGUGGAGUUGGGUUCCCUCCUGGAGUGAAUACAAAUGAAGGUCAUUUACUUGCGUUUUUUUUUUCCGUUUUGUUUUGUUUUCUUUUUUAGAGGGUUCGGAGAAUUUAGUGAUUUGUAGCUUUGAUCAAUCCUGUUGACUGGUGUAUGUCUGCACAAACCUGUUUCAAAUAAACCUUUUGUUAAAGUAAA